AUUUCGACAGGACAGUGACAUUUUAGUUCAGCAAGAAAUUAUAGUUAACAAAAUGGAUAUAUGCGUAGAUAAUGGGGACCUUGAAGAAGAAAUCCAGUGGGGUUUAAAUUAUCGUCAGGAAAAAAGUAAAAUUCGCACCGUUGCACUUUGGCCAAAAAAGUCUCCGAUAAAUUUGCAAGCAAUGUGGCACAAGUAUCAGGUAACAAAGCAGAUCAACGAACUGGAACUGCUAAAGAGACAAACCUAUUCGAGCGGUCCCCCAAAAUCCCUUCGCUUUGGCCCAGUAAGUAAAUCGCUCAAAAGAGACCGUGCGGGUUUCACGAAGAAGCAGUACAUUAAUUACCUGGCGACACCCCAUCGUUACGUCUCCCAGCCUGAGCCGAACCCCAUUGUCGCAUUGCGAAAAAAGUUGAAACCGCAAAAGUGCUCGGCUAGACUCAUUGAAUUAGCUAGACCAACUAAAACUCGCGUUUACAACACCUGGAACGAUUAUUGGCACCAGUUACCCGCUGAGGUAAUUGAGAGACUUGAUGCACUAUUACGAACUGACCACACUUUAGACCCGACGUACGCGCGUUGCUGUUUCAAGGAAUUAGAUCGUAAAAAGAAAAAGCAAAAAAGAGCACUAGAGCGAAAACGUAAGAAAAAGAAGAAGCGGGGGAGCAACGAAAAGUGGCUCAAGGAUGAAAUUGAACUGACCGCUGAUCUUAUGGUGUCAUUCCUCGAGCAUGAUCCUCUGGUGACUCUAAGUUAUAAACAAACCCUAAUUUCGGACGUAAUCGUGAAUCAACUAGUCAAUCAGCGCCAUCUCAAACGUAAACCAAUGAGGAAUUCUGCCAAUCUGGGCCAAAGAAGCAUCGUAGAUGUGGUCGACCAACUGUCAGUGUGGAUGGAUUCAGUUGCGCGUUACAUCGAUGUUCAAUAUGUCGACUCCCUCGAGGAAAUUGCCCCAAAGGAUUCAUUUGAAAGUAUGCUUUACGUAGGCGAAGGCGAGGGCGAAGGGGAAGAUUCUUGGAAACGAUUUAAAUUACCGCCACUACCUCCACUGCCCGACUUUGCCGAUCUUCCUUCAAUAACAAAAGCGACGCUCGAUCAAAGCGAGGCCGGGGACACAAGCGAAAUUGAAGCAUACAGUCUUGGGGGCGGCGAAUCGUACGAUGAAGGUGACAAAACCGCGGGCGAGGAUGAAACGGAGAUCGGUAAAACUGAAGACUUCGAGAAUUUAUCUGCGGAAUUGCUCAGCAUAUUGGAAAACUCAGGGGUGGACUUUAAUGAGCCGAUCGAUCAAGCUAACUUACCUGGGGUGACGUAUCGAGAUGUUUACGAAAAAAUUGAGAGCUUGCACAAUGAGGAGAAGAGGGAGCAGAAACGUGCAAAGCAGGAGGUCGUGGAGAAUGCGAUUAUUGAAUGGGCGAAGGCGAGUGAACCCGAAAAGGUUGGCGACAGGAUGAUUAAGAAAAUCCGCAGCAAGGCGGAUGUGAUUUCGGAGUGCCUUGGCGAGGAACGUGGUAAAUUUGGCGCGGAUGGUAGUGCAGCCGAACGAAGUGCGGAGAAGACGAGCGCAGGUUCGGACGACACAAAGACGGGAUCGUCGGCCCUACACCAAGACAAGAUAUCGCUUUCAAUGGCGGGCGAGGAAUCCGAGCUCAGUGGAGCGAAUGUUCCUCCGCUUUACGGCGAAAAGACGUCGGAUACGGAUAACGAUUUAACUUCAGACUUCAGUGAGAUUAGUGACCCUCAAGCUUGGGCCGGAGAGAGUAAAUCGUAUGAAGACGGAGGACUGUCAGAGAAAGGUGUGGGCAUGGUCGAUAAAAAAUCGUCUGCCGCAAGCGAAAAAGGACCAACAUUGGAAAUUGUACCAGCCGAUCAAGUGGUGGAAAUUAUGGGGGUAAAAACUGAUAUUCCGCUAGUAAUUCCCAAACACAAACCGUCGAAGGUAUUCGAGCAUGCGCCAGAUACGAUAUGCUGCUUGACCCUUAAGGUAUGGGCAGUCUGGCUGCUGGAGGUUGCCAGUAAUGCGCAAACCUGGAGCAAGUGGUUGAGUGACAUAAUUUCAGAGAUUCGAACGACUGCUCGUAUUUUAAAAGGCGAAGUCUUAGACUCAAAUGGGCAGCCUAUAAUGUUCUACCAAGAAGACUGGAAAGCGUUUGUCAAAAAAGUGGAAAACAUGACCGUAUCCUGGCGUCAGUACAGCAUGCACGUUAAAGACUUAACGGACAAGAUCAUACAAAAUUUCCACGGUAAACGGAUUACUUGCUGUCCAAAGUGUUUGGAAGAUAAUUUAAUCGUGAAUAUCGCCGUGGCCCAUGAUAUCUCUCAGCAGUUGGCGGAGGCAAUGAACACCGCUAGUUAUUGGAGAAGAUGGCUCGAUACUGUCAUGAUGGAAACGCAACGGCUGACGUCUCCCUCUCUGGCCCAAUCAGAAUCAGACAUAUCGAAUUAUGGCACUUAUGAGCUAAUUGAGAUAGAGAUGCCGCGGGGUGCUGAGAGUACUCAUUCUGUUUACGAGAUCGAAGAACUUGACCCGAGAAGAUAAAGCCUAGUUCAAUCGCACAGGUUUCUGUAACUCAUUUGAUGAAACCUCCAAAUUCGGCAGUCCAGCAAUGCACUUUUGUGUCUUGAAAUGUGGGACCAAACCGGAUCGGUUUUCACGUUUAUAUUUUCCUUAAACUGCCGAUUUCAAUCCUGGAUUUUCGUAUACUGUUAGAAAACUAUCAAUAACAUCAACAAAUCAAUAAUUAACUGAACUAAAAUUUAAUAAGAUUGAUUAUCUCUCUUCUUCCCUGGCAAGAGAGCUUUCGGUGGCUAUAACAACGAUUUACAUGUUCCUACAGGAACUUUAGACAAAUCAAAAGUAUUUGAAUAAGUACUAAAUACUUUUAUGUCCAGCACAAGCAAAUACUAAAUACAGAUACU